AUGCCAUUGGUAAGUUCGUCCACCUUUCGCCUCGGUUUAUUCUCCCUUCUUUCUUUUUGUUUCUAUCCGUUCUGCCCGUCGCCCGAGACGUCUAUCUCGCCACUUUUUCUCGCGUUCCAUUUACUUUGCGAAUAUCGAGCGUUGCGCGAUGUUGUCACUGAUCGAUCAUUGAUCGACGUGAAAUUUAUCACGAACCAUCUCAUUGACAAGAUAGCUUGGGUGCGGUUUUAUGGUUAGGCAAAUAGAAAUGUGUUCGACGUGCGAGUCAGUAGCGAAAAAGGUGAGGAGAAAAAAAAAACGAGUGUAAAAGUUGGAAUUCUAAUUUUUUACAGCGACGUCGCGGGAAAAUGUUGAUCGCGAGAUGUUUAUUGGAUCUGGUUCUUGCAGGGCAAUCACGCUGCCCUUACACCCCUGGAGGACAUGUCAGCUGGUCGGGGGCAAGCAGGUGGGGGGCCUCCUCCGAAUUGUCAGAAAGUUUUUAUACAACGUGACUACAGUGAAGGCACCAUGGUUAAGUUCCAGACGCAAUUUCCAACGGAAUUGGAGAGCAGACUGGACAGACAGUCGUUCGAGUACACAAUCACUCAGUUGAACAACUACUUCGCAGAAGCCGAACGAGCCAGUUGUUCCACGUACUGCGAAGGCUGCCUGGCUUGCCUCACUGGUUAUUUAAUUUACAUAUGUACGGAGACUCAUUACGAGAAGUGUUUAAGAAAAGUGGCGAAGUUUGUUAGUGAACAGAAUGACAGAGUCUAUAAGCCUCGUGGCCUGUUACUAACGGAUCCUGUAAUGCGUGGCCUUAGGCUAAUAGAAAUCUCAGUACUGGACAGACCUGCGUCGUGA